AUCAUCUCUCUCUUUCUCUCUCUUUGUCUGUCUGUUUGUCUCUCAGUCUCUCUUCUUUACUCGAAGUGACCGUACGUGUUUCUCUCUCUCUCCCUGGAGGAAAAUAUCUCGACAGCUGCAGAGGGAAAGUUGGAGAGAAAUGAGUGAUUCUUUAGUGUGUGGGCGGGGCGGCAGCGUGACAGAGCGAAAGGCAAGGUUGGACGAAAAAUCAUCUGGCAAUACUGCUAAAAGUGACACACAGACGCAGCCCUUCGCCCUAAGACACUGUAGUAGCCUGCAAGAGAAGAAACAGCAAUUUGCAGACAGCGCCGCUAAACAUAGCGAGAAAAUGUCAAAGAAUCCAUUUAGCGGAGGCUUCAAGACCAACGCUGCAUCAAGACUCGCUAAGGACGACCCCAAUUACGGACGGCCAGUCGCAGGCAGCAAGACGGAGCGGCGAGGCAAGAAUGCAGCGAGACACGUGAACGCAGAAGUAGUGUUCCUGUGCGACAUGAUUCACCAAGAAGGAAUCCAGCUACCUGAUGGAACGGCAGUCAUUGCAUUUGGGGAGCUCUUUCAGAUCUACACACGCAUCUCAAAUAAGCUGGUGGGAAUGCUGUUGAGGGCCAGAAAAUAUAAUCUCUUGACCUUCGAAGGAGAAACACUCUUUCAGCGGCGAGACGACCAUGUGCCUAUCAAAUUGCUAAGGCCUAUACAAGAAAUUCGAGCCGAACUUCAUGAAGAUCAAGAUUUUGACGUGGGCGUGUGUCACAAGGCGCCGCGCUGACACCCACUCGCCCGCGCACGCCCGCACACGCACGCACACACACGCAAACGCACGCAAACCCAAAUCUUAAGCUUUUUUUUUAUUUAUUUAUUUUUUGCUUUCCGUCGAUUUUUUUUUUAUUAUUUUUUCAGUUAUACACACACACACACACACUACUACUACUACUACUACUACUACUACUACCAUCACCACUACUAGCACCACCACCACUACCACUACUACUACUACACACACACACACAAGACACACACACACUACUACUACUACUACUACUAUCACCACUACUAGCACCACCACCACUACCACUACUACUACUACUACACACACACACAGACACACACGCACGCACCUCUACGCUUACUAAUAGUUGUGUUAAGUAAUUGAAAUAUGCAUUAAUUAAUAAAUAAAUGGAAUAUUGAUCUUAAUGAGCUUAUAUUUUCAUGUCUGUCUGUCUGUCUGUAUGUCUGUAUGUAUUUUAAUAUAUAAUGUAUAAAGUGAAUGAAUAAAGAUGAAAUAACGAGGAAAAUAAUGAAGUAAAAAUUAAGGAAUACAUUUUAAAAAGUAGAAAUAAAAAUAAAAAAUGAAAAAGGUGACUAUGAAUGUACUCGUAUGUAUGUUCGUAUGUACGUGUUUUUUUGUAAUAAUAAACUUUUCUUCAACCUUU